CUUCACAAAUCACAACCCUCUAUCCCCACCUUACUAAGAGUAGUGAGAGAAAUGGCAAUUUGGGGUGCUUAUUAUGCUGUCUUUUUGCUUGUGGUUUUAGCGGGUGUUGAUGCUAAAAUUCCAGGAGUUUACCAGGGAGGUCCAUGGCAAGGUGCCCAUGCCACUUUCUAUGGUGGAAGUGAUGCCUCUGGGACUAUGGGAGGUGCCUGUGGAUAUGGAAAUCUGUACAGCCAAGGCUAUGGAGUAAACACCGCUGCACUAAGCACUGCUCUGUUUAACAAUGGCUUCAGCUGCGGCGCUUGCUUUGAGAUCAAGUGCGCUAAUUCCCCACAGUGGUGCCACCCAGGCAGCCCCUCAAUCUUCAUCACCGCCACCAACUUUUGCCCACCGAAUUAUGCCAUUCCCAGUGACAAUGGCGGCUGGUGCAACCCUCCUCGCCCCCACUUCGAUCUCUCCAUGCCCAUGUUUCUCAAGAUUGCCGAGUACCGUGCCGGCAUUGUCCCAGUUUCUUAUCGGAGAGUGCCUUGCCGGAAGCAAGGAGGGAUCAGGUUCACCAUCAACGGUUUCCGUUACUUCCACUUAAUUUUGAUCACCAACGUCGCCGGUGCCGGAGAUAUCAUGACGGCUAGCGUGAAAGGUUCUAAUACUGGGUGGAUGAGCAUGAGGCGGAACUGGGGUCAGAACUGGCAGCCGGACAUCGUUUUGGUUGGUCAGUCACUAUCCUUCAGAGUGACAGGCAGUGACCGACGCACCUCCACCUCGUGGAACAUUGUCCCCUCAGAUUGGCAAUUUGGGCAAACUUUUACAGGGAAGAAUUUCAGGGUCUAAUUAUAUAUCUAAAUUUUCCCCUUCAAUGUGAUUUUGUUUAUUUGUUUCUUCUUGAAGGAUUUUAAAGUGAAAAAUGAAAAGACUUGAAGUGUGUGGUGAAUUUUUUAUUUUUGAAGGGUGGGGAUGUUUUCUGAGUAAAAGACUUGUGAAAUGUUAUAUAUGGGUUUGAAGUGGCUGCAGAGUUGUGUGGCAGCCCGCAGCUCUCAUACUCUCAAAGUCUCAUAUUAUAUUUAAAUGAAAUAGGUUUAAGUUU